CGAGCGGCUGCGUGCAGCUGCUGCAGGCGGUGGACACGGAGUACUCGGCGGACGCGGUGGAGUGGUGCCCGUUGGAAGGCUGCAGGCACGUGCUGGCCUGCGGCACCUACCAGCUGCAGGAGCCGGAGGACGAGAGCGAGCAGGACGUCCCUAAGCCCCAGGCCCGGCUGGGCCGUCUCUACCUGUACAGCUGCGAUGACGGCUCUGUGGCUGAGAUCCAAAGAACAGACAUGGCUGCCAUCCUGGACAUGAAAUGGUGCCAUGUCCCGGUGGCCGGCCAUGCCCUCUUGGCUGUGGCCGAUGCUGAUGGGCUCAUAGGGCUGUACCAGCUGCUGGGAUCCAAGGAGACCACCUACACCCUGCAGCCAUUGGCCAGCUUUGCCCUGGGCAAGCAGUGUCUGGCCUUGUCCCUGGAUUGGUCCACUGGGAAGGCGGAAAGGGCCAGUCCGCAGCCCUUAAAAAUCAUCAGCAGCGACUCCAAGGGCCAGUUGCACCUCCUGAAGCUGGACGAGGCGGGGCCCGGGCUGCACGAGGUGGCCACCUGGCAGGCCCACAGCUUCGAGGCCUGGAUUGCAGCUUUCAAUUACUGGCAGACGGAAGUGGUAUAUUCAGGUGGGGACGACAGCCUGCUGAGGGGCUGGGACACCAGGGCACCUGGCGAGCCUACGUUCACCAGCAGGAGCUAUGACGAGCACGUUCUGCUGUGGGACACGCGGAACAUGAAGCAGCCGUUCGCAGACGUGCCUGUGCAGGGCGGGGUGUGGAGGCUCCGGUGGCACCCCCUGCACAGCCACCUGCUCCUGGCCGCCUGCAUGCACGGUGGCUUCAGUGUCAUCGACUGCCAGCAGGCCACGGAGAAGCAGCAGGACAUGUGUACUAUCUCUGUGUCCCGCACGCUGCCCAGUUCCCUGCUGUACGGAGCCGACUGGUCCUGGCUCACCUUCUGCCGCCUGCCUGAGACUGAGCCAUCAUCCCACUCGGGGUCCUUGUCCGGCAGCGACCCAGGAGCCGGAACAGAAGACGAGGCUGGAGACCAGUGGCCGGAACCUCCCUGUCCUGGUAGUCUAACAGCCGACGGGAGCGGAAGCAAGGAGAGGACUCCUCCCCAGCCGUCCCCUGAGGACGUGAGGAGGGGCAGCAGCCAGCUGCACAGCCCCAGGACCAAGAUCUGUGUCUGUGACUCGGGCAUGGAAGCAGACCUUAGCAUCCACCUGCUGGCCACUUGCUCCUUCUAUGACCACGUUCUUCACCUCUGGGGGUGGGAGAACAGCUGAGGCGGGGGACGGGUCCCGGCUGGGGAUCAUAAAGACCGUGCUGGGAA